AUGUCUCUCAAUAUCCCAAAUGCACCCAAUGCUGGGCUCUUCAAAGGAGGCUACAACAAUUACGAUUCUGAAGAUGGCGCCGUCUUGCGAAAUAUCGACGCCUGCAGGGCCAUUGCCUCAACCGUCCAGACCUCUCUCGGCCCCUAUGGUCGCAACAAAGUCGUCAUCAACCACCUCCAGAAGAUGAUCUUGACCUCCGACGCCGCCACCAUUCUCCGCGAGCUCGACGUUGUUCACCCCGCCGCCAAACUCCUCGUCAUGGCCAGUCAGCAGCAGGAAGCCGAGAUGGGUGAUGCUACCAACCUGGUCAUCAUCUUGGCCGGCGAACUGCUGCGCAAGGCUGAAGAUCUUUUGCGAAUGGGCCUCAAGACCUCAGACAUCGUCAUCGGCUACGAAAAGGCACAGAACUUUGCCCUCGAGACCCUGGAUAAGCUUUCUGUCGACGAGGUCGAGGACAUCCGCGACCAGGAGGAGUUGAGCAAGGCCAUCCGAACUGUCAUUGCCAGCAAGCAAAAUGGCAACGAAGAAUUCUUGGCUGAUCUUGUCGCCGAGGCUGUUUUGGCUGUUCUGCCCAAGAACCCGGCCAACUUCAACGUCGACAACAUCCGUGUUGUUAAAAUCAUGGGCGGCAGCUUGGAGCAAAGCCGUGUUGUCAAGGGUAUGGUGUUCCCCAAAGAGCCCGAUGGCUCAGUCAAGAAGGCACGCCGUGCCAAGGUUGGUGUCUUCACCUGCCCCAUUGAUACCAGCCAGACGGAGACCAAGGGCACGGUUUUACUGCACAAUGCCAAGGAGAUGGUAGAUUUCAGCAAGGGCGAAGAAGCUCAGCUCGAGACUGCUAUCAAGGAACUGCACGACUCUGGUCUCCGAGUCGUUGUCUGCGGUGACAAGGUUGGCGACUUGGCCAUGCACUACCUCAACCGUUUCGGCAUCCUCUGUAUCAGAAUCCUCAGCAAGUUUGAGUUGCGUCGAGUAUGUCGUGUUGUCGGUGCUACUCCUCUCGCCCGACUUGGUGCACCCAUGCCUGACGAAAUGGGCAACAUUGACAUUGUUGAGACCCUCGAGAUCGGCGGAGACCGCGUCACCGUCUUCAGACAAGAAGACGAGGUUACCAGAACUGCCACUCUUGUUCUCCGAGGCGCCACCCAGAACCAUCUCGACGACGUAGAGCGUGCUGUUGACGACGGCGUCAACGUUGUCAAGGCCAUCACCCGCGAUCCCCGCCUUGUCCCAGGCGCUGGAGCCACAGAGAUCCAACUGAGCGCCAGGAUACAAGCACAUGGAGAGAAGACUUCCGGUCUGAGCCAAUACGCCAUCAAGAAGUACGGUGAAGCAUUCGAGGUCAUUCCUCGCACUCUGGCGGAGAGUUGCGGCCUCGAUGCCACUGAGGUUCUGAGCAGAUUAUACGCUGCACACCACAAGGACGAGGAUGGAGAUACCGGUGUCGACGUUGAGAACAACAACAAUACCGGCAUCCUCGACGCCAACGAAGCAGGAAUCCUCGAUCUCCUCACCUCCAAAUCCUGGGCUAUCAAGCUUGCUACCGAAGCUGCUCGAACAGUCUUAUCUGUCGACCAAAUCAUUGUCGCGAGACAAGCGGGCGGUCCCAAGCCUCCUGGUCCCAACCCUAACUGGGAUGAGGACUAG